AUGUCUACUAGGGGUGAGGGUGAUCGCGCUGGGCGAGGGGAAGAUUGUUCGAGAAGUGUCCUUCUGAGAACGUGCACAUUCAUUUGCCCGGAGCACAGCGACCGCCGCCGUUGUCAAGCUGAGAACAACGACGACGAGGACGACGACGACGACGACGACAGCAACGGCGCGGCCGGCCACGUAAGGAGGUGGGAAUUGCGUGGUCGUUGUGGCGAGCUCAAGCUCCGCCUACGACAGCUGAUACACGAGAGGCAGAUCGAUCCGCGCCAGAGCUGGCAUGCCGCGAACGGCGCUCUCGCUCGUCAGAAGCUCGACGAUGUCGUCGUCGUCGUUGCUGCUCCAGCUCUCUGUCGUCGACUGGCUUCUACUACUGGUACUUCUGAUUCCACUGCCAAUGAUCAGUGCUUCGUCCCCGGUAAGAACUCUUACCUCGCAUCCAUCAUCAUGUCAAAAGCCACUGUAGUCCCUUCAUAA